UAAAAAUGGCGGAACUUUCAAAAGUGUUUUGUUUUGUACGAAAAUAGUCUGCUUUUUUCUUGCAAAAAUGAGGUAAUUAUUUGAGAACUUAAAGAGAAAAUCAUCCCACAGUUAUGGACCAAGUACACGAGCUCUCAGACGCACUUCCUACGCCAAAACUCCCGAUCCUUCACGUCGAGGUGAACCAAAUUAACACUAGCACCGUUUCUCGUCAACAGUUGGGUUCAGCGGUUGCAGAACUUCUCUCAGAGGUUCAAAGCAUCCACGGGGAUACAUGUUUUAUCGAGUUCACCGACGAAUAUUUAAAGGAAAAUGUUAAGAGUAUCUGCGUUGUUUGUGAUACCGAUUAUUUCAGCAAAUAUGGCCAGGUUGUACAGUUAUCAAAAGCAUCCUUGAGUUUUCAUGUCUACCAACUCCACGAUGAUGAGCCUGGUUCUGAGGAGUUAGAAGAUGACAUAUCCGCUGCAAAUCAUUGGAUGUUACCUGCAGAAGAAUUUCAUGGUUUAUGGGAAAAUUUGCUAUUUGAUUCAGAUGUCAAAAACCAACUCUUGCAAUAUGCCUCCACAACUCUUUUAUUUUCUGACAGAGGAGUAAACACCAAUAUUAUAUCCUGGAAUAAAGUUGUUUUGCUUCAUGGUCCACCUGGCACAGGGAAAACCUCGCUCUGCAAAGCUCUGGCACAAAAAUUGUCCAUUCGACUAGCAGAUAGAUUCCACACUGGUCAACUUAUCGAGAUCAAUAGCCAUAGCUUGUUUUCAAAAUGGUUUUCAGAGAGUGGUAAGCUGGUGAUGAAAAUGUUUCAGAAAAUUCAGGAAUUUAUCGACGAUAGCCAAACAUUGGUUUGUGUACUCAUAGACGAGGUUGAAAGUCUAACAGCAGCGCGCAAGUCUGCUUUGAAUGGUCAGGAGCCAUCCGAUGCCAUUCGUGUCGUGAACGCUUUUUUAACACAGAUUGAUCAAAUAAAAAGAUAUCCAAAUGUUAUCAUUUUGACGACUUCAAAUAUUACUGGUGCAAUAGACUUGGCCUUUGUUGACAGAGCUGAUAUUAAACAAUACAUUGGACCCCCUUCGCCCAAAGCUAUUUACAAAAUAUACCAUUCGUGUAUUAAAGAACUAGUCAGGACAAGCAUAAUAUCACCAGCAACCCAAAUAUUAGAUUUAAGAGCCCUCGAGGUGCUUAGAUUCGUCGACAACGAUGUCACACAUUGCAGUUUGAAAUUGAAGAAAAUUGCAGAUAAGAGUUUCCAGUUGAGCGGUCGAACUCUUCGAAAACUGCCAUUUUUGGCUCAUGCACUUUAUUCGCAAUCGCAGGCAAUAUGUUUGGAGGAGUUUCUCGACUAUCUUUCUAUUGUGGUCGAUAAACAGUUUGAAGAGAAAGCUAAUUUAUGUCCAAUGGAAGAGGAAAAGAGACAGGUUGCUAUUAACGGCGAAAUUUAACGGUCGCUCAAGAAAAACAAAAGCACUAAGCAUAAGCGAUAUAUAUAAGUAAUU